GUGAAGGGAGGGAUUAUGGCGGCAAUCAUUGACGGACUCGGGGGGAUCUUCAAGAAGAUGGGAAAGGCGAUCGGUGUUAAGAUGGAGGAAGUAGAAGCAUGCGUAUGCGACCGGCAGCUGGAAAACGAGGACUGUUACAAGGUCGUACAGGAAUGGACCUAGAAACGACGAGGGCUUGUAUGCAUGCCCCUCGAUCGGAAUCCAGGAGCCACGUACAUUGUCUGCCAGUAGUAUACACGAGAGCGCUGCGAGAUACAUUCUGGCAUGGCGGAAGUUUCAAUAUGAAGGAUUUAACUGAAGAGAAGGCACUGGAGAUAUGCGGGAGGAGCUAUGAAGAGAGGGGUCUGAGAAAAUUGUGUUCAUGGAGGAAGAAGGGACGACAAGGAGAGGCAUACGUCAUCCCGAACCAGAAAGAUCCGGGGAGAUGGAGACCAAUAGCCCCUGCGUGGAAUGCCCCUACGAAAGAAGGAGCAAAGAAAGUAGCGAAGGCGCUAUACUGCAUGCUAGGAUGCCUCGCGAGGAGUCUGCAUUUCAAUGUGACAUCAACAGAAGAUGCCAUCAACAGACUAGCAGAGUGGAAUGGACGCCUAAAACAAAGCUAUGGCGUCCUGGUUGCAAGCUUUGACGUAAAGAGUAUGUUCGCCGAGCUCCCUCACGAGAAGAUCAGGGAGUCGGUGAAAUGGAUCAUCACAAUGAUCCAAGAGAAAGGCUAUGAUCAAGUGAACGUGAACUGCAGAGGAAAACGUCCGGCGAUGGGAAGGAAAGCAAGGGAAAGACACUACUCAGUGCUGCUCAAGAAGGUGCGGGAAUGGAUCGAGUACGAGCUGGGGCAUUCGUUCAGCCUGGCAGAAGGAGAAGUGAUCCAGCAGAUGAGGCGAAUCCCAGUGGGGGGACACACAAGCCCCGCCCUGGCCUGUAUACUGUGCACCUGGAGCGAAGCGAUGUUCAUCCAUGACAUCGGGACAGAUCGGGAAAGGAUCCUGGGCAUGAGACUUAUGGAUGACGUGGCGGUGUUUGUGACAUUCCUCCGAAAAAGGCGGACUCGCUGUGUGAAGCCAGUGAGAUAAUUAAAAAAGUCCAAGCAGGCUAUCCACCGGAUCUCUCGUUGGAACGCACCGAUGAGGAGGAUGGAACGCUCUCAUUCCUCGGGUGCAAGAUCUUCGUCGAUCAGGAGGGACCGGACAUCACAGCGACACUCGAGAUGAAGAACCAAUCAGCCCUGCUCCAAGGAAAGCAACUCAUCUACCAUAGCAUACAAGACUACAACUCAUACAACGACAAGCAGGCGAAAAUCUCCACGAUCAAGAGCUACCUACAUCGCAUCUUUAGAUGCUCAUCAGACACG